UUCCCCCCUCAGGCAGGCUCCCAGUGCUUUUGGUUUUUGUGUCAAACUAACCUUCAUGCACUCGGACUAAAUAUUCAGCCAAAAUAAUAAAAGAGCUCCGAAAAGAAUAAAGAAGAAAAAAAAAAGUCAAUUAGUCCGGAUUGAGGAAGUUGUGGGUGUGUAAUGGGUUAACGGCGGAAGGCCUCGCCUCACCUUUAUUGCGCGUCACCCAGCUCUGUAAAGUGGUCUCACCAUCCCAGCAUCCGAACCGAAGGGGGGAAAAUCACCGCCCCUUGCUGCCGCCAGACGCGCCUCUUCCUCUCGGUCGAGCUCACGUCUACCCAUCGGUCUCCGCCCCGCCGCUCCAUCACCGUCACAUACACCCAGAAGACAACGGGAACUGAGGGAAUAACAACAAUUUACCGGCGAAACGGGGAAUCAUGAAGGACCGCAUGCAAGAACUUAAACAUGGGAAGGAGACGACUGAGGAGGAAGAUGAAGUCGCUGUUGGGAUGGAGAAAGGCUUUAUGGACGAAUUCUUUGAACAGGUGGAAGAGAUCCGUGGUUUUAUCGAAUCGCUGGCAGAGAAAGUUGAAGAGGUGAAGAGGAAGCACAGCGCCAUCCUUGCCUCACCCAACCCAGAUGAGAAAACUAAAGCUGAACUUGAGGAUCUUAUGGCAGACAUCAAGAAGUUGGCCAACAAAGUACGCUCCAAGUUAAAGAGUAUCCAACAAACCAUUGAGCAAGAGGAGGGGCAGAACAGGUCAUCGGCUGACCUGAGGAUACGUAAAACACAGCACUCCACACUGUCCCGUAAAUUUGUCGAGGUGAUGUCAGAAUACAACACCACUCAGUCGGACUACAGGGAGCGCUGCAAGGGACGCAUUCAGAGACAACUGGAGAUUACUGGAAGAAACACAACAAACGAGGAGCUGGAGAGCAUGUUGGAAAGUGACAACCCAGCCAUCUUCACCUCGGGGAUAAUUAUGGACAACAUCACCCAGCAAGCAAUGAAUGAGAUCGAGACGCGGCACAAUGAGAUUAUCAAGCUGGAAAACAGUAUCAGGGAGCUUCACGACAUGUUCAUGGACAUGGCCAUGCUGGUGGAAAGCCAGGGGGAAAUGAUAGACCGCAUUGAGUACAAUGUGGAGCACUCGGUAGACUAUGUGGAGAGGGCGGUAUCAGACACUAAGAAGGCUGUUAAAUACCAGAGUAAAGCCCGGAGGAAGAAAAUUAUGAUUAUUAUAUGCUGUAUCAUUCUGGGAGUCGUCAUUGCUUCCAUUGUUGGGGGAACACUGGGCUAAACCUCAGCCACAAUCACACUAAAAAAAACACACAAAGUCACACGACAGAGCUAAAAGCAGAAUAACACACAUUUCCAAUUUCCUGUUUUAACAAAUGCAAUCUAUUACGUGUUCAGCAAAAGAUACGUUACAUAAUGUACAAUAAAUUUUACACACAGUGUACAGGGCCAGAGGUGUUUUGUUUUUGUUUCGCAUGAGUUGCUAUUUUGUAAAUGUGUGGUGCUGCAAACUGUUUAUCAGAGUGUCGAGUGUUGUCAAUGAUAUGAUGUUUCUUGAAUGAAAAAGUUACUAAAUGAAAUGUAACACUAUACUAAAACAUUCCAACUUCCAAGUAUGACACUGAUUCAGAUGUGUCUUUUUUUGUGUUGUACAGGCAAAGUGACACAUUAUGUUUUCAGAGCUAUGUUAUCUGUAGACCUCUGUUCAUUUGCACAUGUAUUUAUCUUUUUUGUAGUCUUCUUACUUUCUCUCUCUGAUGUCUUUUCUACCUCCCUCUUAAAAGCCCUGCAUGGUUUAGUUCACUGUAAAGUGGUGUUUUGUACUCUGUUGCAAAAGGGAACACAUCAAAAAGAACAUAGCUACGCUGAUGUUGGGUAUUUUGCUCGUAUAUUUAACACACUGCCAAACUUUUUUUCUAAUUGCACAUCUCUUGUAGUUGACAGAAGCAAUGCUACUGUACUUAAUUUCAUCUGGCCUUACCGGUUGUGCAGCAUUUUUGACCGUUGCUCCAGUGUUGAGUGUGAUUGAGUGCAUGCAUGCAUAUAAAAGAUUUGAAAGGAUAUUUGCAAGUUCCUUGGUAGCUACAUGUCUGAACACGUUGUAUGUGAGUCGUUGGAUGAAAACAUGAGUGCUUGUUGGUAGCCAAAUGUGUCUUUGUUUUCUAAAGUAAUAUAAAGCUCUCUAACACUGCCAGUAUAUUUAAAUAAGCUGUUAAAGUGGAGUCUAGUCUGGUUGGAUUAAUGAAGUGACAAACCUUUUGUUUAUUUCUGCCGUUUCUGUAAACCCCAAGGUUUAAACAGUGCAUAUUAUCCUGUCAAGCUACUUCUACUGUAUAUUUAUUUCCAUUGAUGAACUCACUGAGUCAAUGAAUGCAUCAGCAUGAACUCAAAGUAGCCCCGUUAAAAGACUCAUAUCAUUUUUGGGGGGAAACAUCAGACAGCACAGACUGCAACCAUGUUACCAUGUUGCCUACUCAACUUGUUGCCUUUGUGUUGUAUUGUAAUGACAUGGGUUUAUUUGUUUAAUGAGUCUUGUUUUUUCUUUUUUUAAGUAAAGUUUGUCCCAAAAAA